AUGGCAGGCUAUAGAAGCUUCUCACACUACUACAUGGCUAGGUUCAAUGCCAACCCUGCAAUUGUUCCAGGUGGUCGUGGUGGUCGUAGUCUUGCGAGCUCCUCCACUGUUGAGCUCAAUCCCAAUCGUGUAAUUGAUUUAGAUGAUGAUGCUGCAGAUGGGAGCACUUUGGCUGAUUUUAGCGGACUCAAUCCCUACACCAGGAUGAUUUUAGGUCAUGACAUCGGUUAUAACAGAUUGAUUGAUGGUAACCCCGGAACGGUUUCAGGUCAUGACCGUAGUGGUGUGAUGGGGUGGAUAGGCCAAUCUUCUGAAAGUGUUGAGGGUGAAACUCGCCAACAUCAUGUGGCACCAGAUUUUGGUAAUUAUCAGAUGCCGUCUGCCAAUGCUCCACAGAUCUCCUCCUUCAGAAGCACGAGUGCUGUAGUCGGGGGAGAUGAUCGAAGGGCUGGUCCUUCCUCCAGUGGCCAUGAUCAGCAUCAUCCUUUGAAGAGAGAAGGACCAGAAGAUGCUGCAGGAGUUGGUGUAAGGAUAGGAGCAUCUUCUGAUCAGAGGAAUGUUCGCCAAAGAUUUUCUUACGAGAAUCAACAAAAUUUGGCAUCACCAACCAAUUCUAAUCAUGUUCGGCCACUCAGUGAAGAUCCCCUAUUUGUCUUUCACUUUCAGCGCUCUUCUGGUAAUCCAGCACCUAGUAUGCAGGAAGCUAGUUCAUCAAGAGCGACCGCCCUGUCAGCAUAUCCACCUCUAGAUGGUGAUGAAAGACUGCAACGCAUGCAAAACCCAUCUGGCGCAGGAAGGGGAGAUAUGGCACAGACUCAAACACAUCUGAGUCCAAACUAUGGGAUUCAUGGAUCUAAUGCUUCCAGUUCAGCUUUCGGUAGCCAGUCUGAGCAUUUCCAUGAAGCAUAUCUCCCAAUAGGACGAGGGAAUCUUGUUCAGCUUACUGCUGGACCUUCUGGCACCCAAUUCAGAGGUGAGACAAGCAACCAAUUUGGUCCUGCUGCAGCCCCGAUACAAGAUGGAGCCAAUACAUUUGGCCUGAAUAGAAGAGGAGAGCCUCUCACUGGAGCGGCGCUUGUACGCAGGAGCAGCAACAUACAAGCACCGCUUCUUAGACUUUUGGGUCAAGAUGUACUGGUCGACUCGCCUUCCCACCAGGCCGGUUCUAAUUCGGCUCCUGCCCACCAGGCAGCUUCUAUCUUGGAACUCAGGACCCAGCCACCUACUAACUUAGCGCCAGUCUCUGAAGAAGCUGCUAGUUUGGCACCUGCUACCUGGCUGCCUCCGUACUUGCCUGCCCUCCGCGCUGCUACUAGUUUGGCACCGGCUAACUGGCUGCCUGCUUACUUGGAACCUGCCGACCAGGUAGAAAAUAACUUUGCGCCAGUUAGUUGGGAUGAAAAUGACUUUGACGAAGAGGAGGAGGACGAUGAUUAUAACAAUGAAGAUAUGCGUGCAGAUGUGGACAACAUGUCCUACGAGGAACUGCUAGCACUGGAGGACCAUAUUGGGAAUGUCAGCACUGGCUUGAACGAGGACGCCAUCAAGGCAAAGCUUAAGCCAAAGAAGUACAGCAGUUUCACAAUGGGCCCUCCUGUGGAGGGCGAGAUCUGCUGCAUCUGCCAAGAAGAGUAUGAAGAAGGCGAAACGAUGGGAAUACUCGACUGCGGGCACGAGUUCCAUUCCGACUGCAUUAAACAGUGGCUUGUGCAGAAGAAUUUGUGCCCCAUAUGCAAGACGGCCGCGCUUGUAUAA